CCCCCCCCAUUCCGCCCCUUUCCAUCCCACCCCCUCGCCUUAUCGGGUCGAAUUAUCCUCCUGCUUCCGGGUUACUCCAAACGAGUGCGGUGACCGGCCGAAACUUUCCAAGGUGGAAUUCCCGUACUGGCACUGCACACCAAUUCCCUGCUGCUGCUGCUACGGCUACUGCUCCUCCUCCUACUCUGCCCCUAGUAAAGUACUUCUUGCUGGGGUCGUCAGUCACCGGCACGUGUGCCUUAUCUAAUCCACCGCCGCUUUAACCGGGAUCACACUAUCACUCCCAUUUACAUUGCCCCUCAGCUUAGUUACCUACUAACUGAGUAAACAUCCCCCCCAUCCACAGCCAAGCCAUGUCCGAACGAGGUUCAUUCCGGGGAGGUCGCGGCCGCGGCGGAGGCUACGGCGACCGAUCUGGCGGCCGUGGCGCACACGCCCGAAGUGGCGGUGCAGGUGGCGGUGCCCACCGCGAGCAGCAGCAGCAGCAACAGCAACAGGAGAAGCCCAAAAAGGAGAACAUCCUGGACUUGAACAAGUAUAUGGACAAGGAGGUGCGGGUGAAAUUUAAUGGAGGACGUGAAGUUACUGGUGUUUUGAAGGGAUAUGACCAAUUGAUGAAUCUGGUGUUGGAUGAUGUGAAGGAGGGGAUGCGCGAUGAUGAGGGCAACGAGACCACGCGCUCGCUGGGCUUGAUCGUGGCUCGUGGGACGUUGAUUGUGUUGAUUUCGCCGGCGGACGGCAGCGAGGAGAUCGCCAAUCCUUUUGUGCAGUCGGAGGAGUAGGGGAAGGGGAGUUUGGAUGUUGGGCAUGUAUUGUGUCUGAUGACUCGCUGCACUUGUGCUGUCUACGGGAUCAUCUACUAUACGGGAUCAUCUACUAGCGGAAUGUUUUUCAUUUAUGAAAGCAGAUAGGCCGUGUGUGCAUUGAGUAGGUAUUGACCUGUCUAGUAUACAAAAUGGCCUGAAUGCACCGGCCUGCUUGCAGCUGCGCGAUUUAGAGUAGAACCAAUCCAUGAAAGUAACGAAC